AUGUCACUGAGAAGUAAAGACCUGCAGACAGACAGCACUGUCGCCAUGAGCCAGACAGCUGAGGUGCUGUUGAUCAUCUAUGAGACAGAGGCAGAGCAAUGGGCCACCUAUCUGCAUUCAGUCUUCACUGGUCCAAUCUCAGAGGCUGGAAUCUGCUGCUAUGACAUCGCUGCGGUGUCCAGCCCGCAGGACGACCUCCUCAGGCUGGCCCGGUAUACCUGCAAGUUUCUGAUUCUUUCUAAGGGCAUGCUGGAGGGUCUGUGCCAGAAGCGGCGCUUCUUCCUGGCCCGUAUGUUGCGUCCUGCGGCUCAAGUGGUGGUGCUGCUGUGUGGGGUGGAGAGUCUGAGCCCUCUGCUGAAGCUGGUGCCCCUGAACGGUGAUGAAUGCCUGCAGGUCUCCAGUGAACAAGAUGCUCAGGAGUAUCUGUCCACGGUGAUGGAUAUUGUGAAAAAAGCCUCAGCAGCAAAUGUCAACACCUUGACACAAAAAGUAUCAGCAUCAGAGCAAAAGGUGGAACAAACGCAGUCAACCGGAGCCCAAAGCGUCAGAUCGAUUGUGGUUGUUCCUUCCAGAGUUCCAUGCAGGACGUCUAUGGAAUUGUUCAUUCUUUUAAAAAAUGAGUCGGUCGGCAGCGACUCCGAGGUUGAGUUCACUGGUGAGACUCAGACGCUGAGAGUGAAGCCUGUCUGCUGGAAUGAGCGCAUUCUAUGUGUCAAUGCUCCAGAUUUUCCAGCAGGGAACGUAAGAGUGACCAUAUAUCACAAUGGAGUGCCACUGAGCAAGGCACAGAUGCAGUAUUACAGCAACAUGGAGGAAAUAACCGGCCUUUUAGCGAAGGCAGCGGACCCUGUGGAUUUCAUGUGUGAGGCUCUACAGGAGCCUUCUGUGGAGAAGCUAGAUCAGAAGUUGUCCUCCAUGUUGUUGGAGCGUAUGCCCACCGGAGGAUUUUGGGGACUGCAGUGUGAAAACACACCUGAAAGAGAGCUCCACCAUGCAGAUGCCCCAUCACUCCUCCACUUUGCUGCCCAGUAUGGACUCAAGAACCUCUCCAGCCUGCUCUUGCAAUGUCCAGGUACUGAACGAGCACUGCGCACGGCCAAUCGCCACGGACAGACUCCUGCUGAGAUUGCCAAGAGUCACAGCCAUACUGAGCUUCAUGUCUUAUUGAAGGAAGCACUGAAUAUGUUCAACUCAGACGAAGACAAUGGUGAUGCCAGUGUGUACGAAAUGAUGUGCACUGCAGGGACUGCUUCCGCCAAAAAUGUGCUGAAAGAGCAACGAGGAGAGGAUGAAAAGAGGGAGGAUGAGGACAUCUACGCACCACUGGGGGUGAGUGACGAAUAUGACACCAUCCUGAAGUCAACAAACGCAGUUAUUGCCAAUCGCCCACCAGCACCCACACCCCGGCCUGAGAGUACCCAUGUGAAGGAGUCCAGAACCCCCUACAUUACGCAAGUGUUCCAGAAGAAGAAGACAACACACAGUGAGGCUGAUCUGUAUUCAUUCAUAUCGACUACCAAUAAACAAGCACGCGGGCGAGAAGACAGCAUCUCUUCCACCUAUGACACCUUUGUGCCAAACCAGAUAAACGGGCUUCAGCAGCUCAUCGAGCUCCAGCAGAGGGUGAAGGCCGGUUCACUCACUGUGGACGGAGCCCUGGAGCGCUUCAGCGACUUGCAGCGGGAUCAGAAGGGCAUGGAUCCCGUCCAGCAGGCGAAGUCGAGUCAGCUGAGAGCCACUAUUGUCAACAACAGAGUGGAUGAUGACAGUGUCUAUGAUAAAAUCAACAUCGUUCAUCACACGCCAAGUGUUACAGUGAGUGAAAGUCGAAGAGGAAGCCAAGCAGUGGAUUUUUACAGCAAGCCACUCAAAGGACAGCAUUUAAGUUUCUUCUCAAAAGGUAACAAACGAUGAAGGCUCCAUCUCACAAUGGAAACUCUAUUCUUCCACCAAUUAUAUGAGGUUUAUUCUGUAUUAAUACAUAAUCUGUUAUGUUAAUGAUGGGUGUAGAUUUCGGCAGGAUGGAUCUGCACAGUAGCAGAGGACUUUUAUUGUGACAAAAUUAAAGACAUUUACAGCACAAAUUGAUGCAGAAAUUGGUGCAUUAAAAUUUUUCAGAAUGCAAGAAAUUAAGUGUUUGAUGCACAAUAACUAUCCCCAAUGUUGAAAUAAAACCUAUGCCCAUGAUUUUAAUUGUGUUAUUCACAAUAUUUUGUAAACCAAAAUUAUAAGAAGUGGAAUGACUGAUUUUAAAAAUGUAUUUCCAGUUGCUUAUUUAGCUUUUAGUGCUCUUUUUAAUGAAGUAAGUUCUGGUUUAAGUAAAGAGAUAUCGCAAUCAUAAUGUACGCGUAAUUUUACUUGUGGAUGUACAUCUUCAGUAUCAUUUUAUCUUAUUUUUUUCAUAUUAAAGUUUUCCAUGCUAAGAGUUUCCUUAGUAAAUUAUUAUUUAA